AUGACGUCAGCUAAAUUUUGGCGGGGCAGUCGCGCGCUUUGCAGAUGCAAGAAUCUUCGGAUAUUUCGAUCAAAGCACACAAUGGACGACACACAAAGUCCGCGGCCUUUAGAACGGUCGGCGCUCAUUCUAUAUGGGUCUGAAACGGGCAAUGCACAGGAAGUGGCCGAGGAAUUGGGCGCCCUGACCGAACGGCUCCAUUUUGCGACGCAUGUGUCAGAGCUAAACCAAUGCAAGCCAGCAGCGCUCUUCUCGUAUACUCUGACGAUAUUCGUGGCGUCGACUACCGGACAAGGUGAUUUGCCGGCGAAUGCGCGAUCAUUCUGGAAGUCGCUCUUAUUGAAGAAGCUCCCCGCUACUUUUUUGAAUGGAAUAAAUUUUGCUUGCUUCGGGCUGGGUGAUAGCUCCUAUCCUAAGUUCAAUUGGGCGAUACGCAAGCUCUACAAGCGACUACUACAACUCGGCGCAAAUGAGAUCUACCCUACAGGAGAAGCAGAUCAACAGCAUCCAGAAGGACUCGAGGGAACAUUCUUACCAUGGAUGACCGAUUUUCGAAAACAUUUGCUGGACAGACAUCCUCUCCCCGCUGGUCAGCAUCCGAUUCCAGAAAAUGUACAGCUUCCACCGAAGUGGAUGUUGCGCAUGAAAGAAGGGGACACUUCCAUCCCCGUAUCCCAGGCUGUCGUCGCAGAUGAACAUCAAGCUCCCAAUGAUGAGUACCCGGGGCUUCACCACCUGGACCAUGAUCUCCGUCCUAUUCCGCAUACAUUAUCUGCGACAUUAAUCGAAAAUAAGCGCGUGACUCCGCAGAAGCAUUGGCAGGAUGUGCGCCAUAUUACCCUGACCGUUCCUGAAUCUGUGUCUUACGUUCCCGGGGACAUGAUCGCGAUCACUCCGAAGAGCUCUUCGGCUGAUGUUCAAACCCUCAUUGACUUAAUGGGCUGGAAUGAUCAAGCAGAUCGACCAAUUUCUCUCGUCCCAACCGGAGACAUCCCAUCCCCACCACCCAUCCCCGACCUCGACUCAUGUCCCAACCUCACUCUCCGUGCGCUUCUCAUAGACUAUCUAGAUAUCAAAGGGAUACCCCGGAGAUCUUUCUUUUCCACUAUUGCGCACUACACAAAUGAUGAAAUGCACAAAGAACGAUUACUAGAAUUUACUAAUCCCGAGUAUCUCGAUGAGUUAUGGGAUUACACGACACGUCCACGACGCAGUAUACUGGAGAUUCUGCACGAGUUUGACACUGUCAAAGUACCAUGGCAACACGCGAUAUCUGUUCUCCCGAUCAUGCGCGCCCGCCAGUUCAGUAUUGCCAGCGGUGGAAAGCGCAAGCAGACUGCCGAUGGCAAAACACAGUUCGAGCUGCUCAUUGCCAUUGUCAAAUAUCAAACGGUGAUCAAGAGAAUCCGCGAGGGAGUGUGUACCAAAUAUCUCUCCAUUCUCCGGCCAGGUAGUACUCUGCAAGUUCAGCUCCAACGAGGUGGUCUCAACUCGUCAAUUCAGCAACUCACCGCAGCAACUGUGCUCAUUGGGCCGGGUACUGGAAUUGCACCACUGCGCUCCAUGCUCUGGGAGAAGGCGGCACUUGUGCAGGCUUAUCGAGAGCAACAUCCUGGCAUGAGCCCUCCAAUCGGCCCCACUAUUCUGCUGUAUGGUGGCCGAAACCGAGAAUCUGACUUCUUCUUCGAGGAAGAGUGGACGGAGCUCAGCAAGCUCAUCCCGCUGCAGGUGCUGACUGCUUUCUCGCGUGAUCAACAUCGCAAGGUUUAUGUGCAGGACACGCUGCGCGAGAAUUUCCCACUUUUCUUCCGUUUGUUGCAUGAUAUGCAGGGAUCGGUUUAUAUUUGUGGCUCGUCAGGUCGGAUGCCUCAAGCUGUGCGCGAGGCACUUGUCGAGGCCUUCCAGCAUGGUGGGGCUCCUGUGCCGGGCCAACCUUUCGACCGUUCGCAGGCUGAGGGAUAUCUCAUUUCUAUGGAAAAGAGUGGGCGGUAUAAACAAGAGACUUGGUAA